AUGUAUUUCUUGUCGAAGGUACGUCAUGAGUUGCAUUAUAUGUUCGCGAUAAUGAGUUUAUCGCAUCUACUUUAUCUGUUCUCGUUCGUUGCAUGCGUUAAACGUCUAUCGAAAUCACUGACGGCAAUAAUGCUCAUUUAUUUGUCAAUAAUAAUUUAUCAUUAUCUCGCCGAUUUGUUCCGCUCAAUACCGAUCACGAUCGCCACCUUAACGAUGCAUCUAGUUGUUGUGUCCAUCUCGCUGAUCGCCGCUGGCUCUGUAUGGCAAUACGGUUCCGACGACGCUCAGCAGGCAUGUUUUUAG